AAAAUCUACAAAGUGAUGCAGGGAGGAAUGGGCAUCCCCAUCAUUCAGUGGUGCAGGGUGGAGGGGGACUACAACAUCAUGGUAAUGGAGCUGCUGGGGCCAAGCCUGGAAGACCUCUUCAACUUCUGCUUGAGGAAGUUCAGUCUCAAGACUGUCCCGCUGCGUGACCAGAUGAACAGUCAGAUAGAAUACAUUCUCUCAAAGAAUUUCAUCCACUGUGACAUGACACCAGAUAACUUCCUUACGGGGCUGAGGAGGAAGGGCAACCUGGUCUACAUCAUAGACUUCAGCCUGGCCAAGAAGUACCAGGAUGCCCAGACCCACCAGUACAUCCCCUGCAGUGAGAACAAAAACCUCACUGGGACCAUGCAGUACGCCUCCAUCAACAUGCAUCCCAGCAUCGAACAACCUCCAAGGGACAAUCUGGAGUCACUGGGCUCCAUGCCCUGGCAGGAGCUGAAGGCUGCCACCAAGAGGCAGAAGUACAAGAAGAAAAUGUCCAUGCCCAUCAAAGUGCUGUGCAAGGGCUACCCCUAUGAGUUUAUUACUUACCUGAAUUUCUGUCUUUCCUUGCGUUUUGAUGACAAGCCUGCCUACUCGUACCUGAAGCAGCUCUUCAGGAACCUGUUCCAUCGCCAGGGCUUCUCCUACGACUGGAACAUGCUCAAGGUUGGCACCAGUUGGGCAGCAGAUGAUGCUAAGCGGGAACACUGGGAUCGCGAGGACCACCUGAGACACUCCCAAAACCCAGCCACCUGCGGACUCCCUUCCACAGCCUCAUGCCGGCUCAGGGGGACACAAGAAGUGGCUGCUUCCACCUCAUUCACCCCUACCUCACACACUGCUACAACCACUCCUUGGCCCGUGUCUGGCAUGGAGAGGGAAGUGAGUAUGCAGCUGCAUCACAGCACCCCUGUCAACACCUCCUCCUCGGACCUCUCAGGACGACAAGAUACCUUCUGCAUGACCACCUCACAGAUUACUGGUUGGGUGGCUUCUAGUGGUCAUCAGUCUGUCAUGCAUAGAUGA